AGGGGCGCUGCUGCAGUGUAAACAUGGCGAACCAAGACGUAGAGCUGGAUUUCCUUUCAGAGUCUUUUAAUCCCGAAAAAGUACUCUCCUCUACAGAAACAGAAGUUCCAGUUCCCGAGGCUGAGGAGUUCGAGGAUUUAAACGUCCUUAGGAGUGUGGUUCACAGUCAAACAUUUAAUGUUGUUCGAGAAUUGCCCGGUGUGUAUGGUCAUGGAGGCAUUCCAAAGGCACCCGUGAACACUGGUCCAGUCGAAAGGAAAUUUACAGAAGAGCAAGGGCUGCUGCAGAGUCGCGGCCCCCGUCGGCGGCGCAAUGUGAUCAGUCGCAUGCAGGAGAUGAAGGGUCCCCUAGCCGUCCUCCGCCGGUGCAAGGAGGAGAACAUCCGGGUCAAGGUGUACACGAGGAACCAGAGCGAGGUGCGCGGCGUGCUCACGGGGUUCGUGGUGGCCUUCGACAAGCACUGGAACCUGGCGCUGAGGGACGUGGACGAGGUCUUCCAGAAGAAGAUCCGCUGCAAGAAGCACGCCCUUGGCGACGUGUCCCGGUACCUCAACGUGGGCGACCUGAGCAUCCGAGACGACCUCGAGAGCGUGAGCAGCGUGAGCGGGCUCAGCGACAGCGAGGAGGAGACGAAGAACCCGAGGAAGGUGAAGGACCCAACCCCUGCGUGGGUGGCAGCCGCGACGUGGGACCACCACACCUCUUUAGAAAACACUCGAAGUGGAUCAAGGAGGAAAGCCAGGACGUGAUCCACGCGGAGAGAGGCCGCUCGAGGUCGGAGGAGGACCCUGCCUGGACGCGGUGGAGCGGCGCGCCCUCGACUCGCAGAGGGUUUCAGGCUGCCACCCGCACACCAGCGAGGCCCGCGACGCCCUCAGACUGCAGCUCGGACACGGAGACCGGAAAUCAGAAAACGCCAUGUGAAUCAGUUGCUUGUGCGUGGAGAGAACGUUGUGUUGAUAUCUGUAAUGGAGCCUUGACAGCUGGACGCCUUCAAGGAUCGGGGCGAAGAAAAAACAUUAUGACUUUCAGCAUAUGAGUAAAUGACUUAGGAAUAAACGUUAGUUUUACAUGCAUAUCCACGUCUCCAGCUGUUAACUUACCUUAAACGAUUGUAGGUGUCAGUUCCUGAAAUUAAAAAAAGGCCUUUAUAUUUUUUUGAAAUAAAAAUAAUCUAUA